AGAUUUUCUUUUUUCAUUAAGAAAUUGGAUACUAAAAAUAGUGGAACAAUGGAUUGACUUGCUUCUGUAACAUUGCUCAAUUAGUUCUUCACCUAGAGCUUUGUGGUGGAUUCAUAGCCUCGUGCCUCAUCAAUAAGCCAUUGAACGGUUAUUCACUGAGGUAAUAUUAAGGAUUUUUCUCACCUUUGGAGGAAACUUGCAGUUUAUUUUUUCUUUAUGGUUUGAAUUGGAGAACUUUCAAUCCCCACAUGCUCGAUUGAGAAAGCUUUCAUUAGGAAGAUUUGCCAUCGCUAUUGGUUGUCUCUCACUGCUGCACUACCGCCCUCAGUUUUCUCUCCACAACUCAAAGCUCUCUCCUUCUCUCCUCCCAUCAAGCUCUCAUCAUCGCUGCUCCACCGUCCGCCCACGGUCGCCGCCCCCGCCGUCCGCUCGCUGCACUGUCGCCGCCCCUCCGCAUCAGCUCCUGUCACCACCGGUGAAGGAGAAUUACAUUCUUUACGAUAUGAAGAGGCCAAUGCCAUGGAACGAACAAGUGGAUAUUAUUUCAUCAGGUGAAUCUUCUUCCUCUGAUUCAGAAAUAGGAGGUCAAAAUGAUGGGUUUGAGUUCAAGCCUUCCAUGGAUGAUUUGAAAAUCCCUGCCAAAGAAAUCACAUCUGAAGGUUUGUUGACUAAAAGAGCAGAAAUGUAUCAAGAAUACAUGAAACAGAUACCAAUCCCAGCACACCGUGGUUCUGUAAUACCAUUUACAACAUGGGUGGGAUUGGGCAAAUCUAUAAAGCAGCUAUAUAGUCAGCCUUUGCRUUACCUGACUAAUAUUCAACUAAAACAGUGGGAUCAAUUAAGAUUCGGAAGUUCGGAUGAAUAUAAGCCAUUGGAUACUUUAAUUCAUCCGAGUAAAGCUGAAGCAACCAUAUGGAUGGUUGAAGAGAUUCAUAGGCGCACCUCGUCCCAUCAUCAUGUUGCUAAACUCUGGCUAUCAGACCCAAUGCACCAUGCGUAUGUUGACUCCAUUUUCCCCCAACUAUGAAAGCUGCUUUCAGUUAUAUUAUGAUCUGUGUUGAUAUUAUAACAUAUUUCUAGGAGGCUACCAUGUCAUUGACAAUGUGAAUCGUUAUAGAAACAGCAUAUUUCUUUUGUCACAUUUCUCUAAAAUCUGUAGGUUUCUUAUCAACUGAUAGAGAACGUGUUCUAGCAUUGUGCUGCUUAUGUCCAUAGUUGCUGUCUAUCUGUGAAGUAGUUGAUUGCAUUUUCUUUUGUAUCUUACAGAUAGAAAGACAAUCUUAAGUUCUGCAUAGAACGAAUGUAAAUCAAAAUUUUUGAAGAUGCAUAUUUUCUUUUA